GAAGGAGGGGCCGGAGGCGCUCAGAAGGCGGCGGGAUGACGGAGCGACUCAUCCAUUCAGCGCCGCGGCAGCGCUGAGGGCGCAGGAGAGAGCGGAGCUGAGAGAGCACGAGAACUGAGCGGCGGUCGGGAGAAGCGGAGGAGCCGGACAGAUCAGCGCAGGACGGAGCGCUGAAGAGAGCAGGGCACCGUGAGAGGGCGGGGCAGCGGAGACAUCGUAAGUGUGAGAGCGCAACGGAAAAGAGAGAAGAAGAAGAGGAAGAAGAAGGCAGAGGGCUGACUGGUCACUGCUGAAUACAACUAAUCUGUGUGGUGUCACCAGCCCAGGCGAGCGAGCUUGACGAGCAUCUGGGCGCUUGAUUUCCAGUGCCGCCUCACUCUGAGAAUGCCCAAUUGACCAGCCGCGGAUCUACCAAGAAUGUCUACUUUAUCAACAAUUGGCACAUUGUGGAUGAGCGUCUUUCCGGUAGUGGACACCCUGAAAAUAACAGGCAGUAGAGCAGAGAAUAUGCUAAAGUUGCACGAAUAAUCAGAGCGCGGAUCCGCGAGAGAAGCGUGGAGGCGCUCGGAGACGGAGGGAGCUGUCCACUUCAGCACCACGGCGGCAAUUUCUUUCAUGAGGAAGGGGCGAACUGAUUCCAGCAGGCGGAAUAUUCUAUCAGCGAGUGGACUUCGUUCUUCUUCGAGUGGGAGCGACAUUUUGGACACCCCCCAUCUAGAUCCCCCACAGCCCCGAAGUGAUGUCAGCCUUGAGGUGCACCGCCCCCUGCCGCGGGCCCCCGUGUGUGGUACCCGCACUAUGAGGAGAAAUGGGGGCGUGUAACCGCGGAGUCCAGAUGCUCCUCACUACCGUGGGCGCGUUCGCCGCUUUCAGCCUGAUGACCAUCGCUGUCGGCACAGACUACUGGUUGUACUCUCGGGGUGUCUGCCGGAGUAAAUCCAUCGGCGACAACGACACGAGCCGCAAAAACGAGGAGGUGAUGACCCACUCGGGAUUGUGGAGAACGUGCUGCCUGGAAGGCUCUUUCAAAGGCAUCUGCAGAAAAAUCAGCCACUUCCCCGAGGAUGCCGAGCACGAGCAGGACGCCGCCGAGUACCUCCUCCGUGCCGUGCGUGCAUCCAGCAUUUUUCCGAUUCUUAGUGUGGGGCUGCUGUUUUGUGGAGGACUCUGCGUCGCUGCCAGUGAAUUCUACAAAAGCCGUAAUAACAUCAUUCUCAGUGCUGGCAUAUUCUUUGUAUCUGCAGGGCUCAGUAACAUCAUUGGCAUCAUUGUGUACAUCUCGGCCAACGCAGGAGUUCUAGGGCAGAGCGACUCCAAAAAGAGCUACUCCUAUGGCUGGUCCUUCUACUUUGGCGCUCUGUCCUUUAUCAUCGCGGAGAUGGUGGGAGUCACAGCAGUGCACAUGUACAUUGAGAAGCACCGGCAGCUCCGUGCCAAGACCCACUCCGACUUCUUUAAGAAGCCUAUCUUCAGCCGUAUCCCAACGUACCGCUACAGAUUUCGCCGGAGGUCAAGUUCACGUUCCACCGAGCCACAAUCCCAGGAUACACUACAAGCUGGCAAAGGCUUCCCCGGAGCUACGUCUACAGACAUAUCCAUGUAUACUUUGUCGCGGGACCCCUCCAAAUCCACUAUGGGAACCCUUCGAAACUCUGACAGGGAAUUGCUGCAGGUGAACUCACUCGCCAAAGAACUGAAAGAGCCUGCAAAUAGGAGGACCACCCCGGUGUGAGAAGGCACAGCUCCCCCUGGUGGCCCAGCUGCUAAGCCCUUGGUGCUUCCUUCUUUAUCCUGUUCAUUUUCACUCCCCCGCUUUUCCUUGGCUCUGUGCUCAAAGCCCUCCAGAGGUCAGGGUUUACAUAUCCCUUCUCACGAACCUCAAAGUCACCUUCACUUCAGUGUACGUAGUGCUCUGGUUUGGGAAGAUCCCUGAAGUUAUGUGGACGUUUCAAGGCGAGACUGCGGACAUUUUAAUCCUGUUUAUACUGGAAUUCUGAUGAGGUGUAGCACAAGGACUUCAUCGCUGCCCGAUAAUUCUCGUAUGGCUCAAAUGACAGAGCAGCACUUCUGAGAAAUCAGAUUAGCAUUCCAGUCCAUCAAUCGACCAAUCAAUGUUUAUUUUAAGAAGCACCUUUGAUGUCAUCCUCGCGACAUCCCGGUUUCGUCGUGCUUUAAACGUCUGCACGUCUUGCCAGUCUCCAUGUGUCACCACGUCCCUGGACCUUCGCUUCGGUUUCCACACCUCCGUGUCACAAUGUCCCUGAUUUUCAGCAUCGCUUGUCUCGGCGUCUGCGAAUUUCACAGUUUUCAUGUAUCAUUAACACUGUGAUUUCAUGGUCGCUCCCUUCUUUCUUGUCAUCUCAGCUUCUUAUUGUCUCCAUAUUUUGGGGUCUUCGUGUUUGUUGGUGUUUUAGAGUCUGAGAAUCGUAUUGACUCUGUGUCCUGACAAUUCCGCGCGCCACUGUGAGUGACUCUGUGUCUCAGUCAAUCUCCAUGUUAUACGGCGUCUUUCACACCGAGCACCAUCACAAGGUGUUUUACAAAGCACACGAUUAUACAACUGAAAGCAGCACAAAAUAAUAAGACUGAAUUUAAGACAAAUUGCAGGGAACCGUGUCCAGUCCCGGCCCUGGUCACUAAAUACUGUGAGAUAACCGUGGUCUGAAACUCUCCCUCGCACUUGGACAUAUCACGCAGCAGUAGUGUGGAUGACGAGAUGCCGAUCUCUCAAUUCACCCACUCGCUUCCUCCAGUAGACCAAGACUAAUUUACCUUUUAAGGGCUUUUGUUUUAAAUGAAGGGCUGUUCAUUUAUUUAGUUAUUUUUGGCACCUGUGAUUAAAGAUGAUGCUGCAGCCCUGCUCAGACGGGCGGUGAGAGUGAGCGGCGGUGGUGCGGCGCCCUCUGGUGGUCGCUCCGGGAAAUGCUGCGCUGUGGAAUGAACGGAGGAAAAGUCGGGAGGAUUUUUAUUUCAGGGAUCUCAAAAUGACCAAGUAAGACCAAGCACAGUGGUGUCCUACCCUCUUUGUCGUGACCAUAUUCUCACAUGGGUGCAUGACCGUCCCAAACGGGCUGAACUGCUCCUCUGUGUAAACAUCCUUUCCUGACACAGAAUUUGAAAUAAACAAAUAACGCAAAGAAGACGUUUUCCUCUU